ACUUCCUGGAAAGGCACGAAGGGGAGCAGCCGGCACUUUCGGUUGCUUUUACAGGGAGCCGAAGCUCUACAACUUCGGAAACUAUGUCAUAUGGUAAAAAAGCCUUCAGUGUCAUAAAGAAAGCCAGAAGGAAGUUAGUGGAAGCACUUUCUGAAAUAGACUCAGAAUUGAUCUUGGAUGCAGCAGAGUCAUACCUGCUCUUCACAAAAGACGAGUAUGUCGCCCUGAAGCAGAUAAAGAAUCCACAAGAUUUAGUAGAAAACCUGAUCGAUGUAGUGCUGGGAAAAGAAGAAUCAACCCACACACGAUUCCUAGAUUGCCUGGAAAUCCUGAGGCACGUCUUCCCAAGUGUGCAGGCCAUCUCUGAAUAUGUAGAAGAUGGCCCCUUAAAUCUCAGGAAUGAACCUCAGACCGAAAACAUUGCUGUGUCCUUGAAGAAAAGAAGCGCAGCUGAGAGAUUGGAUGCUGCAAUGUCCCUGGAGAAAGAAAAGGAAGCAGAGAAUCUGGAUCCUCCUUUGUCCUCAGAGACAGGAUGGGAAGAUGAUUGCUCUGGCACUGUUACGAUGCCUCCAGAGAAAGAAAGCAGAGCUGGGGAUCCAGAUGGUGCCUCCAGAAAGAAUAGUGAAGUUAAGGAUCUGGAUACAUCGCAUAAUAGGAAUGGAGCCAAGGAACUGGGAGCUAGUGCCACAUGCCUGGAGAAACCUGACAGAGCUGGAUAUCAGGAGAGUACUGUGCUCUCAGAGACGGGAAGCAAGGGGGAGAACACAGACACUGCUGUGAUGCCUUCAGGGGCCACAAAUUCCCUUCCGUCCAGUGGAAAAGGAGGUGCAACUGUUUGCUUGUCUUCUGUUGGAUCCCGUGAAAAAGGAAAUGCAGAGAAUCUGGAUCCUCCUUUGUCCUCAGAGACAGGAUGGGAAGAUGAGAACUCUGGCACUGUUACGAUGCCUCCAGAGAAAGAAAGCAGAGCUGGGGAUCCAGAUGGUUCCUCCAGAAAGAAUAGUGGAGUUAAGGAUCUGGAUACAUCUCAUAAUAGGAAUGGAGCCAAGGAACUGGGAGCUAGUGCCACAUGCCUGGAGAAAGCAGACAGAGCUCGAUAUCAGGAGAGUACUGUGCUCUCAGAGAUGGGAAGCAAGGGGGAGUACACAGACCCUGCUGUGAUGCCUUCAGGGACAAGGAGCAGAACAAGGGGCCCAAAUUUCCCUCCAUCCUGUGGAAAAGGAAGUGCAACUGCUUGCUUGUCUUCUGUUGGAUCCCCUGAAAAAGAAAAUGGAGCCCCAAUCUCAGAUGCUGCUUUGCCCAAAGAGACAGAAAGUGUGGUCAAAAACCUGGAGGCCAGAGAUCAGAACAUGGAUUCUGCCACAUCUUUCAUAUUACUGCGCAAAGAAAAGGAAGAUGGGAAUCUGCCCCUUCCUCUGUCCUCAUUGGGAGGAAGUGAGUUUGAAAUCAUAGGCAUUACAGAGACAGAAAGCAGAGUUCAGUAUCUGGAAGCCAGAAUGCAGAACUUGGAUGAGGCCAUGUCCCUAGAGAAAGGCAGUGAAGCAGAAAAUAUGGACAGUUCAUUGUCCUUUGAAGUAAUAAAGGAAGUUGAGAGCACAGAUUUUGAUGGGCAAGCUGAAAACCCAGAGCUUACUCUGCUCUCCAGAAAGGGAUGUGGAGUGAAGAAUCAGGAUGCUCCUAACGGAGCUCAGGACACAGACUCUGCUGUCUUGUGUCCAGAGAAGGAUGACAGAGUUGAGAAACUGGAGAUUUCUGCAUCUCGGGGGAUAGAAAGUAAGGCUGAGAACCCCAGUUCUCCUUCUUUCUGUAGAAAAGGGAGUGGAACCAAGAAUUGGAACUCUUCUCGAUCCCCAGGAAAAGGAAACUGGGCUGAGAUCCCAGGAACCUUCAAGGAGGAAGAAAGAGGACCCAAAGAUCGGAAUUACUCAAGAAGAAGCAGUUCCCCUGUGAGAAGGGAGAAUGCCGAGAAAGUUUUGGACAGUGAGCCACAUUCUUUAAAAGAUGCAGAAAGUCUUGCUGAGAUUGAAAGUGUGAGAAAUGUACCUGUAUCAACACUGGCUGGAAGGACAUCAUUUUCAAGGAAGACAAAAGAGUGUUUGGAGAGAGAGUCUUCAUCAGAAAGAGCCCUCAAAGGGCCAGCAGACUCGUUAAUGACAUCUGCCAAUGACAUUAUAUCCAAAGGGAGAAAACAAGUGAUUGAAAUCCUUCAGAAAGACCUAGACAUGGUUUUAGAUGAGUUACUCUCCCAGUCUGUCAUCACAGAGGAAGACUAUGAAACCUUGGACAAAAUAGAGGGAGAUGCCAAGAAGAAAAGUAGAAAAUUGCUGCUUCUAAUUCAGAAAAGGGGUGAAACAGCCUGUUGCCAGUUCCUGGAACGUUUAGAAGUCACUUGCCCAUGGUCAACUCAGGCUCUGCAAUUUCUAGUCCAUGGUCAACCUCCAGUCCAGUCGUUAUGCCACUCAGGACUGCAGUCAGAAUCCCUUCAAGAGCAUUUGAUUCCAGAGGCUAAAGCUGAAAGCCCAAGAGCAUCAGAGGGGACAAAGUACAAAGAUUUCAAAGAGGGAAGAAAAGCACUUGAGUACCUUCUCACUAAAUUAGAGUUGUGCAAGCAUAAAAGCAAGAAACUUGUCCUGCGAGAAGUCUUGGAUAUCAGUUCAGGAAGUCUGAAGGAAAGCACCCCUCACACAUUGGGAGACUUACCUUGGCAUUUUUUGAGGAAUAUUUUGGUUCUGAAUGCAACAGCCAGGAACACAAGCCUUGACCAGGGGGUAUCUGAUGACCAAGGAAUGAGAGGAAAGGAGGAAGAAGAAAGGGCUGAUGAGAGAUUUUCCUUCACCAGUGAGAUGACUUCAAGAGCAUCCGUGAACCCCCUUGACGUCCUUUGUGCAGUUCUGAUUAGUUCAGACAGCUUCCUCCAACAGGAGAUCUUCUCCAAAAUGUCCAUGUGCCAGUUUGCUCUUCCUUUCCUCCUACCUCCUUUGGAGACUCCCAAGUGCACCCUGAUGCUCUGGGCCAUGAGAGACAUUGUGAAAAGAUGGACGCCCCAUUCUCUGGCUGACAGCAAAGGCUUCAGAGAGGAGAGCCUGGUGCUGACCUCCAUGCCCACCAUUUCUUUUGUCCGCUUGGGGAACUCAGGACUCUCCAAGUCCAAACUCCUUAAUGAGAUUCUCAGCCCUUCCCAACAGCAUUAUGAUUUCUUCAUCCACCGGGACAUGGAGUGUGGAAAUAUCCCUCGAGAAAUUGCUGAUGGGCUUGUGGAAAUGGCCUGGUAUUUCCCAGGACAGAAAAGGUCAGAUCUCUUUCCAGAGCCAGUUGCAUUUGCAAAUCUCCGAGGAGAUGCUGAGUCCCACUGGGUGCAGUUUCGCUUUUUAACAGAAGUUUCCUCAGCUAUAUUUAUAUUUGCUGAAUGCAUCAGUGAAAGAGAAUACGCUCUCUUGUCAUCACUGAAGGAAUCAUCAACUCACUACUACUUUAUUCUUGAACGGAAUAGUAAAAAAUCCAAUGAAACUAGGGUUUUUUUUAAUAAAUUGGUUCCUGUGCUUAAAAGUUCACAGUUGCUAGAGAAAUCUGACAUGACAAAUACAGCAACAUUUGUGGGAAUGCUACGAUCUGCCAUUAGAAGUAUAGUCAGUUGUCCUGCUAAGAGCAUGAGUGUACAAGAGAUGGCUGCUGUGGCCCCAGAGGUUACAAUCCAGGUGGAUGAAGAUUGUGAAGAAUGUCAGAAUGCUCUCAGAUGUGCGGAUCAAAUUACACAAGAUGUAACCGAGAUAUCAACUUACAAGACAGAAAUGCUGAAACUCCAAGGGGAACUCUGGAAAAACCUGGCAAAAGUAGAGAAAGAACUGUGCAGAAUGGAAAAGCAAGGGGACAUUCCUUCAGAAAAAUACAGAUCAGAGUUGAAAGGCAAAUUGUUGAAAUUACGUGCACAGCAAAAUGAGUGCCAUCUCACGAGUGGUUUGACGAAGUUUAUCAAUGGCAUCAAGCAUUUGAAGCUGGCAGAGAAGCACUACUUUCUGAAAUGGAUGAAGUUUAAUCUGGAUCACAUUGCUAGGGAGAGUCUUUCGAAGUUACGUGCGGAAUACAAAGAGAAAUGCAAGGAUAGAGGAGAUGAUGGGCAGAAGAUCUCAGAGAUAGACAAACUAUUAUCUUCCUCUUCCUUGGGGGUUGAACAUUUUAUACGUGAAUUGGGGCAGUUUUAUGAGGCAGAAUGUUCAAUGGUUAAAGGAGGCAAUAUAUUAAAAGGCAAAAGACAGUUCGUUGAUGUUCCGAGGGUUGCAGCUGACUUGAUACUGGAAGGGUUUCCUCUAGAGCUGAUUGAUGGAGAUGCAUCCAACAUCCCCCUGCAGUGGAUAACUGAUGUUCUGACUGAGCUCAAUCACAAAGUAGGAGGUCGAUCCAAAAUGGUGGUGAUCACUGUACUGGGGGUGCAGAGCACUGGGAAGUCCACCCUCCUCAACACCAUGUUUGGGCUGCAGUUUGCUGUCAGCAGUGGCCGAUGUACACGAGGAGCCUUCAUGACGCUCCUUAAAGUUAGAGAAAACAUGACUCAGGAGCUCGGCUGUGAUUUCAUCCUGGUGAUAGAUACUGAAGGCUUGAAAGCCCCAGAAUUAGCCCAAUUAGAAGAAAGCUACCAACACGACAAUGAGUUGGCCACUCUAGUGAUAGGGUUGAGUGACAUCACAAUAGUGAACAUGGCCAUGGAGAAUGCCACUGAAAUGAAGGAUGUGCUGCAAAUUGUGACCCACGCCUUCCUCAGGAUGGAGAAUAUUGGGCAAAGAACCAACUGCCAGUUUGUCCAUCAGAAUGUCAGUGAUGUCUCUGCUCAUGACCAAAACAUGAGGGAUAGGAAACACCUUUUGGAACAGCUUAAUGAAAUGACCCAGGCUGCAGCAAAAAUGGAGAAGGUUGACAGAGAUAUCGGGUUUUCGGAAAUCAUAGACUAUGACCCAGAAAUGCACAACUGGUACAUCCCAGGUCUGUGGCAUGGAGUCCCACCUAUGGCUCCAGUCAACAUGGGAUACAGUGAAAAGAUCUUUGAGCUAAAGAAGUAUCUCUUUGAAUUCAUCACGAGCCGUUCUCACAAAACAGUGCCCAAGGACAUCCCUCAGUUUAUUGAAUGGGUGAAGAGUCUGUGGAAUGCUGUGAAACAUGAGAACUUCAUCUUCAGCUUCCGAAACAGCCUCAUAGCAGAAGCCUAUAAUCAGCUGUCCAUGAAAUAUUCAGAAUGGGACUGGGGUUUCCGUAGAGAGAUGCACCUCUGGAUAUCUGAACAGGAAACUGUGAUACAGAAUGCUUUUCUUGACCAGCUUGAUCAUUAUAACUGGCAAAAUGAACUUCAACAGAAGCUAUCAUGUGGUGAACAGCAGAUUCUAGAGAGUCUGAAGCAAUAUUUUGAAAGUGGAGGGGGAAAUUUGCAUCUAAUAGAAAAGUACAGAGAAGAUUUUGUCAGAAGUGCCAACAGUCUAAAGCAUGAACUGGAAAGUUAUUCUUCUAACAAAUGUAAGGAAGCCAUUCAGAUUAAAAGGGGUCGGCACAAGAUCGACAAUCUCCAAGCUGACUACUUGAAAUUAAUUGAAGGGAAGGUUGAAAGACUUCUUGAAGAAUGCAGGGGGAAAAGGCACAAAUUAGGAGAUGAAGAAUUGAGAAGAGAGUUUGAGAACAUGUGGACAGAAACAUUAUUAGAAAUAUCACUCAUUCCCUUAAGGAAACGUGAAAUAUAUUUAGAUGUUGAUUUAUAUUUGAGAAAAGAGUUGGCCCAUCGUGGCAGUUCAGUCAAUCAGAACAUACAAGGGGCAAAAUGUUUGUUAACCUACAGGAUAAACAGUUUCCAAAUACAGCAAAAGUAUAUACAUCCGUCGAUCCUUGACCGCAUGAAGCACUUGUUUGCUAAAAAAGAAUAUAUAAGUAGAGUAGAAGAAGCUGUCCACUCCUUGAAGACCAAAUGUAUGUCAUACAUUGAGAUGAAGGUAGACUCUGAAGGGGAUUAUGAUGAGACCUACUGUGGUGAACUUCUGCGUAUAAUCAACGAGAAGCUUCAUCAGUGUGAUAUUCAGAAACUUCAUACAACUGCCUGCUUUGAAGUGGACCUAAAGCUUCACAUUUUGGGAGAAGCAGCUCAUGCAUUUCAGGCAAUGCAUGAGAAAUUUAUUGAGAAAAAUAAUCCCCAGAUACGUCUGGAGAAACUGAAACCUCAGUAUUUUUCCACUUUCAAAUCUGUUUAUUUGGAAAAAGAUGCCCAACAAAUCAGAGCAAAGGAUUUCUGUAACCAAUGUCUCCAGCCUGCCCUAUUGUAUUAUGUCAAAAAGAGACUUGGGAUUGAAAUCGUGGACAACUUUCUCAGCAGCGUACAGUCCAUUGGGUAUGCCAGUCGGAGCUUUUUCCAGUUUACUAUUCUGAAGCAACUGUUGGAAGAGAAGAAUUUUGAACAAUAUGUGAAAUACAUCACAGCCUAUGAAGAGUUUGUCAAGACCUGGAUCUGGAGACAAAUGUUGGAUCAUUAUACAAAAAAUAAGGAUCUCAAGAAGCUGGAGCAAGAGAUUCUUUCUGCAGCACUGAAGAAAAUUAGGGGAACUCUAGAAAACCUAGAGCAAAAAGAUGUUGGCACAAUUUCUGUGUUCUUGGACAAAUUUUGUAAAGAAAUGCAGAAGGAGUUGGUCAUUUCUGACGACAGUCUAGUAGGUGUGCAAUUUAAAAAUAUGUCUGAUCCUGUCCAGUUUUCUGCUUGUGUUAAAAGCAUCCUUCCCGGCUUGCAAAAACAAAUAUUAUUGGACUUUGAAGCCUUGUCUAUUAAAUCAAAAAUCUCCAAACUGCCUGUGAAGCCCCAGGAUGAGAUCUUCAAGCGGGUUUUUGGUUGUGGGCAGCAGUGCCCCUUCUGCAAAGCCCCCUGUGAAGCUGGAGGGAGUGCUCACAAGGAGCAUUUUGUUGCAGUCCAUCGACCACAAGGACUAUGGGGAUUCAAAUAUGGUGAUUCAAAAAAGCUUGUUUGCGAUCUCUGUUCUUCUAAUGUGGCUUCCAACCGCACAUUCCGAUAUGUUGACACCAAUUGGGAAUGGCGUCCAUACAAGGAUUACCGUGACUAUUACCCAGACUGGUGCAUCCAGCCAGAUCCCAGUAUCAAUGCUUCUGAUUACUGGAAGUUCAUUUUCAAAGAAUUUAAUCAUGACUUUGCCUGUUACUACAAGUUUGAACCAGCAGAUCUGCCAGAGGACUGGGCAAAGAUCACCAAAGAACAUGCACUGGAGGCCUUGAAGGAAAUCUAUAAUAUGAAGUAAGCAUGAGAUGCUGUUUCAAGUUGGAGUUUCAAAGCCACCUGCAAUGGUAGCACUUGCGACAGAGUCACUCUCUCUUUUUAUCCUCUUCAUUGGGAAGCUAAAGACUAGAAUUGCAAAACUGUAAACUUUGGACUCGUAGGACAAAUCAAUCCAGAAUUUUCACUCGAGGCACAAAUGACUAGGCUCAAACUAUCAUACUUUGGACAUAUUAUGUGACGAUCCAGCUCCCUUGAGAAGUCCAUAAUGCUGGGGAAAGUUGAAGGAAAGAGGAGAAGAGGAUGACCAGCAGCAAGGUGGAUGGACUCUAUUACGACAGCACUGAAUGCACCACUGAGAGACCUUAAAGGCCAAGUGGAAAACAGAUCAUCCUGGAGAGAAUCUAUCUAUGUGGUCGCUAGGAGUUGACACCAACUUGACGGCACUUAAUCAAUCAAAUCUUUGGACUUUAGGAAUGCUUAAGAAUUUGUCUUGAUGCAUUUUAAAAAAUCUUUUUUUCAUAUGUAAAUUUUUAAGUAACAUUUCUCAAAAAGAAAAAAAGAUAACAGAAAUUGCCAAAAGAUGCAAUGGGUUAUAUAGUGUAUCGUUUACUAUCUGAUCAAUGGCUUGCAAUAGACGCAUGUAGAUAAGCAGCAUUACUCAAUUGUAUUUAUUCAAAAUAUUGUUAUGUGCUUCUAACCCCACUUCUCCAAGUGGUGAGAAGUUCCAGGAGUGCUGCACUUCUCGGGUUCUGGUUUCUCUUGGAGGAGAGGUCACUGGAGUCUUACAGUGUCUGUGUGAUAUUUGAGCAAUGGAUGGAGUUGGAGAGCAGUAGAAGCAGAGUAUUUCCAUACAUCAAUAACAGGUUACAUCCAUUCCCAGAGAACAGACCCUUAACCCUAAGAUGCCUCAGCCUUCUGCCUCAGGGCUUCAUUCCAGUUGUCUAGAAUUACUGCAAUCUGUCUAUCUAUUGCACAGCAGGCUGCCUGCAGUUUCUUCACACUGGCCUCAUGCAGACACAUCUUCAAAGUGGAUGUGUGGGGGAGGAACUGUUUGCCACCAUCACUCCCCUUGGGUGGCAUAAGUGAAUCUUACGUGGCCCUUCCGGGCUUCACUCAUUCAGAAUGCAUACAGAGCCAUUCACCCUACAUUCCAGAGACAUGUACAGAUCUUCCCCAGCCAUGAGGAAAUAUUAGCAUCCCUUUAUCAGAUCCAGGCACGUUGACUAGCCAUUGCCCUGGGUCCAAAACCACAGUGAGAGGCUAUUCCCGAUGACCAGAUCUAAACCUUGCAACAAUAUUUAUACUACACCUCCUGUGAGGUGGCUUGGCAUAAAAGAUCAAAGCAACUUUGACCUUAUAUAGGAAUAAAUAAAUUUCGUGGGGGUGGGUGGGAAUAAGCCAGCAAAUCGGAGCAGUGAAAGUGGACUUGGCUCCCAAACACUCUCCUGAAGUUCUUAAAACCCCUUUUCAACACUUCCUUCCAGAGGCCACCCUGCAAGCCUGGAGCUACCGGAAAACUGCAUGCAGAUAAACGCUAUGUCCAGGGAGACUGGGUAGUGGUGGUAGUCAUGAAGGAGCAUGCCAGCACGGGAGCAGGGCUUUCCAACAGUGUACAUGGUCACAUAAUGCCUGAAGAGGGUUCUUGUUUGGCCCAAAUACAGGGCUCCAAGGCCAGCUCCCAUCCAGGCACUGAGCAUAGGAAGCUUCCUUAUACCGAGUCAGACCCUUGGUCCAUCUAGCUCAGUAUUGUCUACACAGACUGGCAGCAGCUUCUCCAAGGUUACUGGCAGGAGUCUCUCUCAGCCCUAUCUUGGGUGUCCGCCAAGGAUGCCCACUGAGCCCAUUACUUUAUGUUUUGGCCUUGGAUCCGAUCCUGAUCAGGAUUCAGAGAGAACCCCAUCUGCAAGGACUCUUGGUCUCUAUCCCCCCGCCCUGCGAGACCUUCCCGGGAGGGAGGAGGAGGGAGAGUGAUGGAUAGCCGAACCACCUGUCCAAUCAGAACCGCAUUCUGAGUUUAAGGUAAAAUUUGUAGCUCAUGCUGAUGAUGUUACAUUACUGUUAUCGAAUGAAAAUGAAAUCCCUGUAAUACUAAACCUCUUCUGGGAAUAUGGCAAGAUCUCGGGCUCAGAAUUAAAUGCUGACAAAAGCGUAUUUGUUAAAAUGGACCCCGGACGCCAGCAACUCUCGUGCCUACCCAUCUCUGAAUGUAAAAGCAAAGGGGCCCCAGAGUCCAAACUGAAGUGGGUAGAUACAGUAAACAUUUUGGGGAUUGAAUGUGGGAUUAAGGAAAAAGCCUGGGGGGGAAAUUGGACAGAUUGGGAAGAAAAAGUAAUGCUUAAAAUCACCAUGUGGAAAAAAUGGAGCCUUGCCAUGUACCAGAAAGCAGUUUACAUCCGGACUUACCUGAUACCCUUGGUGCAUAACCUGGCAGUAGUCUAUCCUCCCCCACUCGAUCUCCUUUGGAGAGUUGAAAGCCAGAUCUUCCGUCUAGUAUGGCACACGGCGUCCUUCCCUUUGGCCCGUGCGGUACAUUUAAGGAGGUUGAGCGGGGAGGCCUAGCCCUACCUGCCCUGCAACCCUAUUUUGUAACUGAAUUCAUGUCCUACAAUUUUGGAAACUGGAUUUUCGUGAAUGUCCAUGAUAUGUCCAACCUCCUGCAAAAAACCUGGGUCUCGCUUUUCGCUCUGCGUUGGCGCAAGUCAGCAUGGGGCAUAGCAUGAUGGGGGAAAGGUUUCAAAGGUUUCAUUCAAUGGCAAUAUCACACAAGUAUUAAAAAGAGAACACCCAGACUACUUGAGAGAUUUGUUAUUCACACUUAAAAAAUGGAAGGUUGAACUGGAUCUAUUUAAAGGAUCCUCCUCAGUUAAGCAGCUAAGGAAAACAAUUUAUGGAGAGAUUCUAGAAGUGGGUUUCUUAAAACCUGAUUUAGAACGUAAACACUACAAACACCGCACUUCACAAUACUUGUUGCAACCCGAUCACCCUAUCGCUCUCUUUAAAGAGAAAAAAGUCCCUUUCCAUUUAUGGGAAACAAGGUGGCGCUUAUACCAUCAGGUACUACCACUUAAUGCGGCUAAGCCAUGGCUCCCAGAGGACCAGCAAGAGUGCCCUAAAAUCACCUGCAAACAGAAAGCUAGUGAGCUAGGCAAAACAUUCAGGGAAACCCACUCACAUUUCUUAAAAGAGUGUGUGGUAGCCAAAAGAGUGUGGCAGGGAGUAAGCAAGCUGUUAGAGUGGCCUGAUUUGGAAAAACAGACUUGGGAAGAACUAACCUCGGGUUUGAGCGAUAGUACCUCCUUUCGAGGUCCCAGAAAGAAACCUUCAAGGAAACGGGACGGAACGGGUGCCCCCAUACUAGGGAAUUGGAAUGUUCCCCUUCUCGUAAUCAGGUUAGUAAACUUGUAUGUCAUUUAUGCAAUGCUCGUGCAUAGGAAUAGGGAGGGAAGACACGACCAAGAGGUUCAUGCAGAUGAGACAGUAAAUCUCUUCUGGAAAAGUUUGUAUGGUUAUGUGCAAAAAGACAAGAGUAUCUCUUCUAAACAGCAAUGGGACAAAUUGUGGAAAUGGACGUUGGACAUAACCCCCCCCCAGAUUACCUGAUGUCCCUUGUAACCCCCACCCCCGAGUUACAGUACUACCUGCAUAUACUUCAUAACUUGUGUGUUUCCAAAUUCUUGUGUGUAAAUCUUUGUAGAUAUAUCAUGUACAAACAACCACUUUGUAUAUAAUUGUGCUUUGGCAACGUACUGUAUGCUUUGGUAGUUUGUUGGUUCAAUAAAAAAAUCUUGUCCUAUUAAAAUAAUAAUAAUCUUGUCCUAUCUUGGAGAUGCCGGGAGUGGUGGGGGUGGAAUCUGGGAACUUCUGCAUGCUGGUGCUCUUUCCAGAGCAGCCCCAUCCCCUAAGGGGGAUAUCUGA